UUAUACUGUUUGGUGGAUUGCUGUGUGGUGUUUUGACUGGUUGGUUGCGAGAAAGAAAAAUGAUUCUGGGUUUUGGGUUUUAUGUUGUGCUGAGGGAUGACAGGAGGCCAGAAGUUUGAGUGGCUGACUGAAUUGUCUUUUUAAGUUUGGAAAAUAGUAAACGUGUGAAUUAUUUUUUCUUUCCUUUUCUCUGUUUCCUCUGUUUCCUCUGUUUCUCUGUAAGUUUGCAUGCAAAGAUGAUCCAUUUGGCUUGCAAUCCAAAUAGAAUUAAAAAAAAAAAAUCCUGAUGUUAUCUAAAUACUUCUAACUUGUGAAAACGUCGUGACUUCUUUUUCGUUUAUUUCCUUUUUGUUAUUAAUUUUGUACUCUUUAUAAGAUUGUAUCCGAAACUGUUUUUGGAAUCAUUAUUCGAACCGAAUUCAUACAAAUGCCUCUUCACAAAAUUUUUCUUUCAAUUUCCUUUUAUCAAUCAACCAGCGGAUGGAAAUUUCUAACUACAAAAGUUUUUUAUGUUAUCUUGUAUUCUGAUCAGGCAAAUUUAAUUGCAAUUUUUAGCUAACCUUUUUCUUGUUUUAAAUAUGAACUUGGCUUAUACUUCUUGCAGGUAGUCCACUGAGUGAAAACAUCUACUAAACACAGAAUUUUCCCACACACAUAGUGAUUCUAAUCAUAAUUUACAGGAUAUAAUGAAUGCAUAAUGUGAGUUUUGAAUCUUUUGUAGGUGUGAUAAGGGAUGGGUUUUGAGCCAUUGGAAUGGUACUGUAGACCAGUGGAAAAUGGAAUUUGGGCAAAAGCAGUGGAUAGUGCUUUUGGUGAAUACACAAAUUGUGCAGUUGAUUCUCUCGUCAUUUCCUUUUCUCAUUUGGUUCUUUUUGGCCUUUGCAUUUGUCGAAUCUGGCUUCUCAGAAGAAGUUCUAUAGCUCAAAGGUUUCGUUUGAGUUCGAAUUACUACAAUUAUAUGCUAGGAUUGUUGGCUGCUUACUGUACUGCUGAGCCUUUACUAAGAUUGGUGAUGGGUAUUUCUAUCUUUAACUUGGACGGAGAGACUAGUCUUGCUCCUUUUGAGGUGGUUUCUUUGAUCAUUGAGGCUCUUGCUUGGUGCUCUGUGGUCAUAAUGACUGGUUUGGAAACUAAAAUUUAUGUCCGUGAGUUCAGGUGGUAUGUGCGGUUCGGAGUCUUUUACGUUCUGAUAGGGGAUGCUGUAGUGCUAAAUCUUAUUUUUCCAAUGAUGGAUUACUACAGUAGAUCAGCAUUGUAUUUGUAUGUCGGCACGAUCUUUUGCCAGGUUUUAUUUGGGAUUCUUCUAUUUAUUUAUAUUCCAAAUUUGCAUUCUCAUCUGGGUUACACCUUGUUGGAAGAUGAAUCUCUCAAUAGUGUUGAAUAUGAUGCACUCCCUGGAGGAGAACAUAUAUGUCCUGAGAGGAAUGCCAGUAUACUUUCACGGAUAUAUUUUGGAUGGAUGACUCCACUGAUGCAACUGGGCUAUAAGAAACCUAUCACUGAAAAUGAUGUUUGGAAGUUAGAUACAUGGGACCGGACUGAGAUUCUGACCGAAAAGUUCCAAAGAUCUUGGGCUAAAGAAUCGCAGCGGCCUAAACCCUGGCUUCUAAGAGCACUGAAUAGUAGCCUUGGUGGGAGGUUCUGGCUGGGAGGCUUUUUUAAGAUUGGAAAUGAUCUUUCUCAGUUUGUAGGUCCUCUUCUGUUGAACCGCCUCUUGCAGUCCACGCAAAGAGGUGAUCCCGCCUGGACUGGUUAUGCCUAUGCCUUCUUAAUUUUUGUUGGGGUGUCAACUGGUGUGCUAUGCGAGGCACAGUAUUUUCAGAAUGUUUGGCGAGUUGGUUUUCAGCUGAGAUCAACUUUGGUGGCUGCUAUAUUCCGCAAAUCUUUAAGACUAACUCAUGAAAGUCGCAAGAAUUUUCCAUCUGGGAAAAUUACUAAUAUGAUCACAACGGAUGCGAAUGCACUUCAGCAAAUAUGCCAACAACUUCAUGGGUUGUGGUCGGCUCCAUUCCGUAUCACAAUGGCUAUGGUUCUUCUUUACCAGCAACUGGGUGUUGCUUCACUCUUUGGGUCAUUAAUCCUUGUGCUCAUGGUGCCUGUACAGACAAUCAUGAUUAGCAAAAUGCGAAAAAUGACUAAGGAAGGACUCCAAAGGACUGACAAGAGAGUCAGCCUCAUGAAUGAAAUUUUGGCUGCCAUGGACACCGUAAAGUGUUAUGCAUGGGAGAAGAGCUUCCGAUCUAGAGUUCAAAGUAUCCGGAAUGAUGAGCUGUCAUGGUUCCGUAAAGCGCAAUUGCUUUCUGCGUCUAACAGUUUUAUACUGAAUAGCAUCCCAGUUGUCGUGACAGUGGUUUCAUUUGGAACAUUCACUUGGCUAGGUGGGGAUUUGACACCUGCAAGGGCAUUUACAUCUCUCUCUCUCUUUGCAGUGCUAAGAUUUCCUUUGAAUAUGCUUCCUAAUCUAUUAAGUCAGGUGGUCAAUGCAAAUGUAUCAUUACAACGUCUUGAGGAGCUACUUCUAGCUGAAGAGAGAAUUCUAGUGCCAAAUCCACCACUCGAACCAGGGCUUCCUGCUGUCUCAAUUAGAAAUGGAUUCUUUUCUUGGGACUCAAAGUCACAGAAACCCACGUUAUUAGAUAUCAAUUUAGACAUACCAGCUGGUAGCUUAGUCGGAAUUGUUGGUGGAACUGGAGAAGGAAAGACAUCGCUCAUAUCAGCAAUGCUUGGGGAGCUACCUCCUUUGGCAGAUGCAAAUGUUGUUAUGAGAGGGACUGUUGCCUAUGUUCCUCAAGUUUCAUGGAUUUUCAAUGCUACUUUACGCGAAAACAUUCUAUUUGGGUCUGAGUUUGACUCCACAAAAUAUUGGAAGGCUAUUGAUGUGACUGCAUUGGAGCAUGAUCUUGACUUACUUCCUGGUCGUGACCUCACAGAGAUUGGGGAAAGAGGGGUGAAUAUUAGUGGUGGGCAAAAGCAGAGAGUUUCUAUGGCUAGGGCUGUCUAUUCCAAUUCGGACGUAUACAUAUUUGAUGAUCCUUUAAGUGCCCUAGAUGCGCAUGUUGGUCGCCAGGUUUUUUACAAUUGUAUCAAAGAAGAGUUGCGUGGAAAGACCAGGAUACUUGUUACAAAUCAGCUACAUUUUCUUCCUCAAGUGGAUAGAAUUAUUCUGGUUUCUGAAGGUGUGAUUAAAGAGGAGGGAACCUUCGAGGAGCUUUCCAAACAUGGCCAGCUGUUCCAGAAACUCAUGGAAAAUUCAGGGAAAAUGGAAGAAAAUUGGGACGAAAAUGGUGACAGCAAAAAUGUUAACCAUGAAGCCUCUAAAUCAACUGCAAAUGCGGUGGUUGAGGAGAAAGAGCAUGUUAAGAAUGCAGGCAACUCAAAGAAAUUAGGGAAAGGAGGGAAAUCUGUUCUCAUUAAGCAAGAAGAACGGGAAACAGGUAUAGUCAGUUGGAAUGUUUUGAUGAGGUACAAAAAUGCAUUAGGAGGCCUGUGGGUACUUAUGAUACUUUUUACAUGCUACAUAUCAACUGAAGUUCUUCGAAUUUCCAGUAGCACUUGGUUAAGUGUUUGGACAGAUCAAAGCACUUCACAGAACUAUAAUCCCAGAUACUAUAUUCUCAUUUAUGCACUUCUUGGGUUUGGUCAGGUGACUGUGACACUGGCAAACUCUUAUUGGUUGAUCAUUUCAAGUCUUCGUGCAGCUAGAAGACUGCAUGAUGCCAUGCUAAAUGCCAUUCUAAGAGCUCCAAUGCUUUUCUUUCACACCAAUCCAACUGGUCGUGUAAUCAAUAGGUUUGCAAAGGAUGUAGGUGAUAUAGAUCGCAAUGUUGCCAAUUUUGUGAAUAUGUUUAUGGGCCAAGUAUGGCAGCUCCUUUCAACUUUUGUGCUGAUAGGCCUUGUGAGCACAAUAUCAUUAUGGGCCAUAAUGCCACUUCUCAUCUUGUUUUAUGCGGCUUAUCUAUACUAUCAGAGUACAUCUCGUGAAGUGAAGCGCUUAGAUUCCGUUACCAGAUCUCCUGUUUAUGCACAAUUUGGAGAAGCACUAAAUGGUCUGUCUAGCAUUCGUGCAUAUAAAGCAUAUGAUAGGAUGGCAUACAUUAACGGAAAGUCAAUGGAUAAUAACAUCAGAUUCACCCUUGCAAAUACUAGCUCAAAUCGUUGGCUUACUAUCAGGUUGGAAACAUUAGGAGGCCUCAUGAUUUGGUUGACAGCAACAUUUGCAGUCCUGCAGAAUGGAAGAUCAGGAAACCGGUCUGCGUUUGCUUCUACAAUGGGUCUACUUCUCAGUUAUACCUUAAAUAUCACUAAUCUGUUGAGUGGUGUAUUGAGACAAGCAAGUAGAGCUGAAAAUAGUUUGAAUUCUGUUGAGCGCGUUGGAACAUAUAUAGAUUUACCUUCUGAAGCUGCAGAUGUCAUUGAAAGCAACCGCCCGCCACCUGGUUGGCCUUCAUCAGGAUCAAUGACGUUUGAGGAAGUCGUCCUGCGUUAUAGGCCUGAACUUCCUCCUGUCUUGCAUGGCUUAUCAUUCACUGUCUCUCCAAGUGAGAAAGUAGGAAUUGUUGGAAGAACUGGUGCAGGAAAGUCCAGCAUGCUUAAUGCCUUAUUUCGAAUUGUGGAAAUCGAAAGAGGAAGAAUUAUGAUUGAUGAUUGUGAUGUUGCUAAGUUUGGACUAGCUGAUUUGCGGAAAGGUCUCAGUAUCAUCCCACAAUCACCAGUUCUUUUCUCAGGAACUGUGAGGUUUAAUCUUGAUCCAUUUAGUGAACACAAUGAUGCUGAUCUUUGGGAGGCCUUGGAGAGGGCAUAUUUGAAAGAUGUCAUCAGGAAGAAUUCUUUUGGUCUGGAUGCUGAGGUUUCAGAGAGGGGCGAGAAUUUCAGUGUUGGACAGAGACAAUUAUUAAGUCUUGCACGAGCUUUGCUCCGGAGGUCCAAGAUUCUGGUUCUUGAUGAAGCAACAGCUGCUGUUGAUGUCAGAACUGAUGCUCUCAUUCAGAGAACCAUCCGUGAAGAAUUCAGAUCAUGUACAAUGCUGAUUAUUGCUCACAGACUAAAUACCAUAAUUGACUCUGACUGCAUACUUGUGCUCGAUGGUGGCCAGGUUGUGGAGCAUGAUAAGCCAGAGGCACUGUUAUUAAGAGAGGAAAGUGCAUUUGCAACAAUGGUUCAAAGUACUGGGCCUGCAAAUGCUCAGUAUUUACGAAGCAUAGUUUUCGAAAACAAGUCAGGCAGAGAAGAGAGCCCGAAGCAAGAUGAGCAGAGUAGAUGGCUGGCUUCUUCUCAAUGGGCAGCUGCUGCACAGUUUGCUCUAGCUGUUAGUCUCACUUCUUCUCAGAAUGACCUUCAAAGGCUGGACAUCGAGGAUGAGAAUGACAUCCUCAAGAAAACAAAAGAUGCAGUUAUAACACUGCAGGGAGUACUAGGAGGAAAGCAUGAUAAAGAAAUAGAUGAGUCUCUACAUCAAUACCAAGUUUCCAGAGAAGGAUGGUGGUCAGCUCUCUACAGAAUAGUUGAAGGUCUUGCAAUGAUUGGCAGGUUGGGUCAAUAUAGGCUUCAAGAAUUUGAAGCUGAUUUUGAAGAAAGUCCUCUAUUGGGACAGUACUGAAGUUGAGAGACACUGAGAAUUUGCCAAUUCUGCUAUUCAUGUUGGCAUGCUAUAAAACAAAUUUCCAAUUGUAUACAGUAAUAGAUUUGUGCAAUUGUAAUCAUAGAAACUAGCCAACCAUGCCCAUUAUCUUGGGAUCUGGCAUUGUAAUGUAAUAAUGAUCAAUAAAAUUGUUAAACUUUUGUC